AUGAGAAACAGAACAUCCGUGACCGAGUUCAUCCUCCUGGGUCUGACCGACAACCCAGAACUACAGGCUGUGAUUUUCUUCUUUUUACUUCUCACCUAUGUGCUGAGUGUUACUGGAAACCUCACUAUCAUCGUUCUCACCCUGCUGCAUUCCCACCUGAAGACCCCCAUGUAUUUUUUCCUCAGGAAUUUCUCCUUCUUAGAAAUCUCAUUUACGUCCGUCUGUAAUCCGAGAUUUUUGGCCAGCAUUCUAACAGGGGACAAAUCUAUUUCCUAUAAUGCUUGUGCUGCUCAGCUCUUUUUCUUUAUCCUCCUUGGCUCAACAGAGUUUUUCCUCCUGGCCUCAGUGUCCUAUGACCGUUACGUGGCUAUCUGCAAGCCCCUCCACUACCCAACCAUCAUGAGCCACAAGGUCUGCUACCAGCUCGUAGGCAGCUCUUGGCUGGCGGGUUUCCUGGUGAUCUUUCCACCACUGACCAUGGGGCUGCAGCUGGAUUUCUGUGACACCAACGUCAUCGACCACUUCACCUGUGAUUCCGCUCCUUUACUGCGCAUCUCCUGCACAGACACAAGCACUCUAGAGCUCAUGAGCUUUGCUCUGGCUGUGCUGACUCUCAUGUCCACCUUGACGCGGGUCAUCCUCUCCUACUGCUACAUCCUCAGGACGAUGCUGAGAAUCCCCUCAGCCCAACAGAGAAAAAAGGCCUUUUCAACCUGCUCCUCCCACAUGAUUGUUGUCUCCAUCUCUUACGGAAGCUGCAUCUUCAUGUACGUGAAAACCUCAGCAAAGGAGGGGGUUGCUUUGACAAAGGGGGUGGCCAUGCUCAACACCUCUGUGGCUCCUAUGCUGAAUCCAUUUAUUUACACCUUAAGGAACCAGCAGGUGAAACAGGCAUUUAAGGACCUUACAAGAAAACUAUGCCACAGCGAGAACUCUCAAUUAUUUUAA